UAGUCUACAUCAUGAGUACUUACAAAUCACUUCUCCAAAGAGAAUUUGGAUGACGAUUCAUCUUCAGAUCACGAUGAUUAUUUCAUCAUCACAGCUGCUCAAAUUGUGCAAACGUUUUCGGAUCAUAAACGAAGACAUGGUGGUUAUGUCCUUGGCCAUAUUGUUAUUUAUCGAGAUAGAAAAGGCGGCCAUCAAAGGAUGUUUCAAGAUUAUUUGGCGGAUAAUCCGACAUACGGACCACAUUUAUUCCGUUGGAGGUACAAGAUGAAUAGGGAGCUUUUCAUACGCAUAAUGAAUGUUGUUGAGUCACAUGAUGAUUACUUUGUGCAAAAAAGAAAUGCGGCCAAUGUACUUGGAUUAAGUUGCUUCCAAAAAGUCACUGUUGCAUUUUGUAUGCUCACAUAUGGGGUUCCUGCUGAUGCUACAGAUGAGUAUGUUCACAUUGGCGAAAGUACUGCACUUGAGAGCCUACGUAGGUUCGUUGUUGCAAUUGUUGAUGUAUUUGAAUAUGAGUACCUGAGACAUCCUAAUGAGGCCGACACAGCACGCUUAAUGGCACUCGGUGACAAAAAUGGUUUUCCUGGAAUGUUAGGGUCCAUCGACUGUAUGCAUUGGGCGUGGAAGAAUUGUCUAGUAGAAUCUCAGGGUCAGUACAAGGGGCAUGUGGAGAAGUCCACUAUCGUUUUAGAAGCUGUUGCUUCAAACGACCUUUGGAUAUGGCAUGAUUUUUUUGGAAUGCCUGGGUCUCAUAAUGACAUCAAUGUCCUUCACCGGUCUCCUUUAUUUGCGAACCUGACGGAGGGUAGAGCUCCAGAUGUGAACUACACCAUUAAUGGUCGUGAUUACACUAUGAGUUAUUAUCUAGCAGAUGGUAUAUACCCCUCAUGGGCUACUUUAGUCAAGUCUAUCUCUCUACCUAUGGGGAACAAGAAGAAAUAUUUUGCCAAAGCACAAGAAGUAGCGAGAAAGGAUGUCGAAAGAGCUUUUGGGGUUUUGCAAUCUAGGUUCGCCAUUGUUCGAGGACCAGCUCGCUUGUGGGACAUAAAGACACUUGGAUUGAUCAGGAGGGCUUGUGUGAUCAUGCACAAUAUGAUUGUUGAAGAUGAAGGAUUUGUUGACCCUAUUGAGCAGUUCGAUUAUGGUGGUCAAAAUGUGGAACCUUCUCGUGGCCAGGCUACUCAAACACUUGCUGAAUUUAUUGAUGCUCAUAAAAGGAUCAGAGACCAGGAAACACAUUUCCAGUUGAAAGAAGACCUCAUCCAGCACCUACAGAACCAUCAUCCAGAUUUAUAUUAGC